GGAAGGUGAGGUACCUGCACGGGAAAGGAAGGAGCUGGGCAGCCGGCCCCCCAGGUGGGGCAGCGCCAGUGGGGGGCCGCUAACGUCCCAGAUGCUUGGUGGGAGCGCUGCACUGGCACCAUCUCCAGCUGCCUGGGGAGGGAGCUGCUGUCUCUUCCUCCCCUUGGCUGGAGAAAGUAGAGCAGGUUUUCAGCACCGUGGGGCGGAAAGCGGGCUUGGCAUGAGUGCGCUGUAGGGUGUUACCAUCUGGAAGUUGAGGGUAAGUGAGGCAUAACUUCCUCGGGAUGGUUCAGCUGCGUUAAGACUCAAUGGGGCCAUUGUUUGCAUUGCAGAGGUAUGGGGAUGCUCCCGGUAUGGAAGAGACAAAGGGAAGUCGGUCCUUGCUAUCCAUACCACCCUUUGCAAAGGAGCUGCACAUAGAAAUAGUCUCCUCCCCAGCCUACAGCACCAGAGGAGUCUAUGACAAUAUUCUUCACCAGCACUUCCAAACACCCAGGAUAGUCCAGGGGGGUGAUAUCCUGUGUGUUCCAACUGCUGGACAUCCGGAGUUUUUGGAAGGAAAUUCAGAGAAAUUUCUUAGCUGGCCAGAGCUGUACUUCAAGGUGAAGGGGAUCGUAGGAGCGGUGGAAGGAGAGCAGUCUCUAGGGUACCUGGCUGACAUCCAGAACACGUCUCUGUACCUGGCGGGCUCAACUAACAGUGCUGUGCCCUCUUCCCCGAGGAGCAGCCUGUCUCCCUCCGGGCUCUCUGAUGUGGUGAAACAGCUCUGUGAUGCUCUCCGGCCUCACCUGAGCAGCAGGGGGACCGCACUCUGUGCAGCAGGCAGCGUUCUACUGGCAGGGCCCAGCGGCGGGGGGAAAAUGACGGCUGUGCGUGCUGCAUGCAGCUGCCUCCAUCUCCAUUUGUUCAAGGUGGACUGCGUUAGCGUUUGUGGAGAUACCAGUGGCGCUACCGAGACGAAGCUCCGGUCUGCCUUUGCCCAGGCCGACUCUUCUGUGGGGGGAGACAGAGCUGGCCUGGGAGAGGACUCCAGAGUCGUCGCCACGCUACGGCACCUCCUCUUGGACAGGGAUGCUGGAUCGAGGUAUGGCCCCUCCCCCGCAGCUUGCCCCUGUGGGAUUCUUCGGUCUCUGACUGGGGAACCCGCGGGGCAGCAAGCACCGUCGUGCCGAGGCCCUGGCUCCCGGGCCAGCCCAUCGGUCUGUGGAGUCAUUUUCCAUGCCGGCCUUCCGCUGGGCAAGGAUGUGAGCCUGGCCAGACUGGCGCGGAGAAGUGCGGGCUUCGUGCUGGGAGAUUUCUGUGCUUUGCUGGCCCAAGCCAGCCGGGCGGCAUGCAGCAGGAUACUGACCUCAAGUUUCCCGGGGGGGCUGAGUGAGGACGAGGAGAGAGAUUUUUGCGCUGCUGGGUUCCCGGUCCUCGCGGAGGAUUUUAACGUUGCGUUGGAUCAGCUGCACGAGGCUCAUUUGCAGGCCGCGGGAGCCCCGAAGAUCCCUGCGGUCACGUGGCAGGACGUGGGCGGGCUCCAGGAGGCGAAGAAGGAGAUCCUGGACACCGUCCAGCUGCCCCUGGAGCACCCCGAGCUGCUGUCUUGGGGGCUGCGCCGCUCCGGCCUCCUGCUCUACGGGCCUCCUGGGACAGGGAAGACCUUGCUCGCCAAAGCUGUGGCCACUGAGUGCACCAUGACUUUCCUCAGCGUGAAGGGGCCGGAGCUCAUUAACAUGUACGUGGGGCAGAGUGAAGGGAAUGUGCGCGAAGUGUUCGCCAGAGCCAGGGCAGCUGCCCCCUGCAUUAUCUUCUUUGAUGAACUGGAUUCCUUGGCACCCAACCGUGGGCGCAGCGGAGACUCGGGCGGCGUCAUGGACCGGGUCGUCUCCCAGCUGCUAGCAGAGCUCGAUGGGCUUCAUUCCACCAGAGACGUAUUUGUGAUCGGCGCCACCAACAGACCUGACCUCCUGGACCCAGCGCUGCUCCGGCCUGGCAGGUGUGCGGCUCGCAGCUCGCUGGCACACGCUCAAUCGGAUCUUGCCCACGUGUGGCAGGGGGCUCCCCAGGCCACAGCACAGGCUCUCGGCCCACAGGCUCCUGGCAGGUUCAAACUGGACCCUUCGGUGAGUCUCGCUGGGGUCCUCGAGCAGUGCCCCGCACAGCUGACGGGCGCAGAUCUGUACGCGCUCUGCGCAGACGCCAUGAUGGGCGCCGUCAAACGGAAGGUGGACUGGAUCGAGGAAGGGCUGGACACGGAGAGUUCGGAUCUCGUCGUGACCAUGGAGGACUUUGGACAAGCGGCCCGGAGGCUGCAGCCGUCCGUGUCGGAACAGGAGCUGCUCCGCUACAGCGCCGUCCAGCAGAAGUGUGCUGCCCGCUAGUGGGAUGGGGGAGCUGCAGCUGCUGCGGCGCGGUCCGAGCGGCAGACGGGUCGGCGCCGCCUGGCCCCCCUUCGUGGACGUGGCACAGCAGUUAGCCAUGGAGCUGAGGCUGGCGGCAGCCACGCUGGGGGUCGCGCUCCUCUUCCUCCUACCUGCGCCACAGCCUGGCCCCUCCCUGCCACGCCUACAUCCCCCCUGUGGAGCUGGUGGAUGAGGCAGGCGCGUUGCAGUGGGGAGAGGAACACGGGGCAGAGGAAACGCCCGAGCCCUGGAAGACCCUGCACGGGUCCCGGAUUGUCCUGUGACCCCUCCCGCGGGAUGGCUCUGGGCCCAGGCGUGCUUUGUCCCCUCCCCCUCCCCAGAGCUGCCCUGGGGCAGGUGAAGUAGCAGCUGCCUUAGUCUCAGGCUUGGGGGUGACUCGGUGCAGGAAAUGGCCUCCCAGCAGAAGCUGGGCUGGACCCUGUGCUCUGUAUGGACUGUGCUCCCCAGGGCUCUUUCCCCUCUCUCCAUGGGUGGGAUCCCCCCCAGCAACUGCUUGUCCCUGGGCUGUGAGCCAUGGUGCAGCAGGGCGGGUGGCUCCCUGGGCGCGGGUGCAGGGAAGCUGGGAGCAGCAGCGGGGCGCUGUCACCUCGAAGAGGGCGUGUGGCAGGGAGCCCAGGGGAGCGGGACAGUUCUGGGAAGAGGCGAGGAGGGGGAGGGGGGCCAUGGGGGCUUUGUAAGUAUCAGAACUGGGCCCUGUCGAGCAGCUACGCCUGACGCCCCCGCGUGGUCCCAGGGCCUGUCCCGAGGAGCGGGGCUGUACGGGUUUGGGGGGAGAUUCACUCCCCUCUCGCUGGGUACAAGCCCAGCAUGAUCCCUGGCCCAUUGGAGGGUGGGGGGGGCGCUCCUGCCGCCUGCGAGGCCUGCACGUGGCACUGUAGCCAGAUGGGCAGGGGGGGGGCCUGCUGCCUGCUCCCCGUCCCUCGGGCAGCCAGGAACAGGGCAGGGAGGCUGUGGGGGCCUGAGACGCAUGGGUCACCCAAGAGGCUGUUGGAAGGUUUGAGCACAGGCACUACACAGGGAAGCGGCGCAGUGUGAGGGGCUGACCGGCCCUGGCUGUAAAUACUGUACAGGGGCUUUCUAAAUAAAGGGGAGAGCCUGCUCGUCUU